GGGGGGGAUGGGCUUGACGGCGGCGAGCGGUGUGAUGGCGGUGGAGGUGUGCACGCCGCUGCUGCUGCUGUGCUGGCUCUGCUGCUGGCCCGACGACGGCUCUGACUCGUCCAGCUCCGGGCAUCCUCGCAAGCCUGUCUUAGUCAGUAAUGAAGGUUCGAGGCGGUCAUCAGGACUGCGCGCGCGCACUUUUGGGAGCAGCGUCGUAUCAUUGCAUCUUCCCAGCACCUCUGGGUCCCCGAGCCUGGCUGCGCGGAGCCACGAUGACCUAACUUUAGCCCGGGCCUCCGCACCAGAAGUGAUACGAGAGGUGCUCACGCGGCGCGACUGGGACCGCUCCGCGCGAGAACUCUUCAUCCCGCUGCGGCCCGACCCAGAGACCUUCUCCUCCCCCCACUCGCCCCGCAGUCCCAUCGCCCCACGCGCGACCCCUGAGGACCUAGGUCUUGACCCACCUUGCAAGAAACACCACACGAAUAUUAAGGGGCGUAAGGAACUGCGCGCGGCGCCUUCGGAACGUGAUGAGGAAAGCCCAUCAACUUUUUACAUCGGUGACAACCAAACUGAUAAACUGGAAGAAAGACCGAUAUGCUCCGCGAAACAAGAAAAGCAGUGCAUGAACGAGUCGAUCCGCUGCAAGGAGCGGCCCUGGCGGCUAGCGGCGGCGGGCCCAGGGCUGCCCGGGCUAGCAGUGGAUGAGGUGGACGCUCUGGACGCGCUGGUCGCUGCUCCGAAUGCGUUGGACGCCACACUGGACUCACUGGACUCGCUGGACUCCACGCCGGACGCGCUGGACCGCUCGGGAGCUAUGCACCACGCACUAGACUCCCGCGCCGCAGCUGAUAUGGGCUACGCUCGGAUUGUGCCCCUCUCGCCAAUUUCUGUUGAUGUAGUGGGCUACGAGUACGAAGGCGGUGCGUACGGCGACGAGGCGGAUCGGUUCACGCUGGUGCCUUCCACGCCCGUGGCGCCUGGAGCGCCCGCGGCACGCGCCCGCCACGCCUCCGACGGGGACAUCCUGGGGCCCGCGCCACGCCCCGAAUCUGGUGCCUUCUCUGAGAGCGACGUUGACUUGGAGCAGCGAUUGGCUCUGAAGGCUGAGGAACUUCAAGAACACGAGGAGUCUCGGGAACGGAAGCCGCUGACGGCACCGCGCUCUACAAGCAACGACCGCCGCGAAACUGCAAUAUAAUGCGAAUAAUGCGAUCAAUUGGGACGCAUUUAAAAUCGUACUUUCGGUUAUACGUAAGUGUUAACUUGAACGUUGUCAGGAUUCGUCAGUGAAACAAGAAUAGCACCGCAAUGUGAGAGUUUCAAAUUAAAUACAAUAUAAUGGCAUCCGAGGAUCGAGGAGUCAAAAAUAUUCCCACGUCUUUCAGCCACGUAGCGGACACGAUUCUACGUGCUACGGCGUAGCACGCAUAGGGUUGCUUUAGUUGCUUAGCAGUGAAAGUGUUACCUAAACUAAGUUUUCAUGUUAGAGGGUUAUCUAUGUCCUAUGUCUAUUGUCUAUGUCCCUAUUUAUUUUCCUUUCAAA